AUGCCUGUCGCCGUUUCUGCGGGUCUGCGUUGUUUAGAAACCAGAAGGGUUUCUACCCUUACUCCCAAACAGCUCGCCCGCAAGAGAGCCAACGAUCGAGAGGCCCAGAGAGCGAUACGAAUCCGCACCAAAGAGCACAUCGAGCGGCUAGAGGGCGAGCUAGCGGAGCUCAAGAGCAACCAAAGUCGUGAUCAGACCAUCCAAGAUUUAUUACGUCGUAAUACGGCUAUAGAGAGAGAGCUGAUCCGACUCAAGGAGAUUAUGGGCGCGCCAACGGCCUCGUUAUCUUCCCAUGGACCAGGCCUAACUGCACAACAACUUUUAUUCCCUAACAAGCUCUCAACAACAACAGUUUCCAAUGGCAACCUCAGUACUGGUAGCGAUGCCGUUCCUAGCCCUCACAGAGUAACAUUCUUGGGGGACUAUAACAGCCACCACGAAUAUAAUCAACAAUAUAUCCCCUUGUCUAACAACUGCGAAUCCUUGGCGAGCACCAUCUCCUGCGCCAUCCCCUCCAACAUCUCGGACCCCUCAUCACCAGGCGACUAUGGUGCUGGAAAUAUUCAAACCAGCAUGCCCACCUCGGUCCUUCCCUUCAGCAAUACCAGCUCCUCAAACAUUUGCACUAUAUAUAAUAAGGAUGUCAUCAAGAUAGAGUAUAUCGAGUUGAAACUGGUGCGUAUCCACAUGGAUGUCAUUGACGUGUCGCGUCGACGAUCUUCUGGUCAGCUUCGGCCAGAACUAACGCCGGCAGACCCAGGACACCAGGCCACAAUGACCUGCUAG